UUAAGUUUAGUAUUUCAAGCAGAACGGCAAGGAAUAAUAUGGUAAACAUUUUAUACACUUUACGCAACUGACAUAAGUUACAUUUUGUUUUAAAGAACGCAUUUAUAUCGUGAAUAGUGCAACUGGUCCGUAAGCUGUGCUUUUAAGUCACGGAAGAGUUAAGAGAAUACAAAGAUGACAAAACAAUCAGGAGGUCAAACGGGUUUCUAAACUAGAAUUUCAAAGAUAUUUCAGGAUAAUUAUGGCAAGUGGAAAAUCGGAUAAAACAAGAACUGAAAUUAAAAAUGUCGACUUUGAAGACGAAACUACAACAAGUGACUACCUGUUAGUAUCAGGAAGUCCAUCUUCUACCCUAAGAAGUGAUAUCACAUCUUUCUCCCGUUCAUAUCUAUCAAUAAGAGGAUCUGAGAUCACAGGAAUGGAUACUCCUAGUGUUUCAUCAAUCGCUGAUCCAGAGACCGGAUCUGAUGAUGUGUCAGAAAUGUUCGAUGAGCUGCGGCUUAGGGACAGUCUAGCUAAAGGGGAUAUUUCUAAAAACAAACCAGUAAAAACUGAAAAGAAAGUUUGUUCUAAUUGUGAUGUUGACGGAAUACAAACAGAGGCGACCCACCUUUGUAAAAGUUGCAAGCCUGAUGGUAGAUAUAUUUGUCACAAAUGUUUACAGAGUCACAACAGAUGGUCCCUCGAUCAUUUUGUUGUCUCACUAUCUGUAGAGGAUGGAAGAUCUGGGAAAGAAACAAAUGAAGAUUCAAGCGAACUGAUUACUUCACAGGAACACUUCGCAGAUAUCCGGGAAAUUUUAAACAGUGAUACCCGAGAAGUUUCAGAAUUUCAGGAAAAACUAAGUGGCACCAGUAAAGUUGAAACUGAAAGUAAUAAAAACUACAAACCAAAUUCAGUUGAACAAGAACCAGACAGAAGUGGUACUUUGCACCAUCCGAAGAUAAGACGGUUGAGAGGUGAUUACUAUGGUCUUGAAAAUGAUUUUAAAAACGCUCAGAAGAGAGACAGACCACGUUUUUAUGAUGACAAACUGUACCGUGAAAUCUUACAAGAUCAAAGAUACAAAUGCCCUUCAGAGACAACCGAUGAAAGUUUUAUAAAAUAUGGAACCUAUUCAAUACGAACUGAUGCAGAUACCAAACCCUGCUUUGUUACAGGUACUUGCCAGCUUCAAGAUGGUAGAAUAGUAAUCACAGAUUCCGAAAAUUGCCGACUUAAAGUUUUGGAUCCAAACAGAUUUAAAGUCACUGCUUCUCACAAAUUACAGAGUAAUCCAUGCUCGAUAAGUUACAUGAAAGAAAACAAAGUCUCAGUUGCAUUUGCUAACUGUGAAGUUGCUAUUGUUGACAUUUUAGAGGAGAUAGAAAUAAGAAGUUCAUUUAAAAUCAAACAUGUUUGUAAAGGUCUUGCAUAUGACAACGGAAGUUUGUACGUUUGUACUGGACAUAUGAUUGAAAUUUACAGCGAGACAGGUGACAAGAAAACUUCGCUUCAGCCUGCUUCUACCGAUGUUAAAAUCAGAUGCCCUACGAGCAUAAGUAUUAGUAAAAAUGGUGGCAUUAUUUAUGUUUCAGACAAAGACAAAGGCAUAGUCAUUAUGGACGAAGAGGGUCAUAUUCUGAAUACAAUAUCAGAUAAUGUAUAUGAACCAAAUGCGUUGUGCCUUGACAUGUCCGGAAAAAUAUUUACAACAGAAAUGAAUUCGGGCAGAGUUUUAAAAGUCGAUCCAGAAAAUGGAAAUGUAAAACAAGUGGUACGAGAAGUUUGUCAAAAAGAUUAUCCAAUUUCUUUGUGUCAUGAGAGAAUAUUCAAUCGUCUUAUUGUUGGUGUUUGGAGGAGUGACAGCAUCCACGUGUUUACGUGCUCUUGACAUGAGUUUUAUGUUCUUGUAGUGGCAUAUUUUUGUACACAUAUGUGAAUUCAGGUGUAAAAUAUAUGCGACUUAAGUAAUAUGUUGUUCUAGGAAACAGGGGUCUAUCUCGGAGCGUUAAAUUCUAAGUUCAGUUUCAGCUUGCUUACGAAAAGUCGGUGAUAUUACCCAGGUGCCCGCCCGUGAUGACAUAAUGUACACAGAGGCACCUAUGGUCCUCCUCCGCCAUCAAAAAUCGGAAAGUCACCAUAAAUGUGUCGGUGGGACGACAAAAUUAGGAAAGUAACAAUAUUCAUAUGUUCAUAUAGAAUUUGCCUUCAAUGUAUGUUAACUAUCAUUAACCUACGUUUUUGAAAAAUGCAAUACUACUCGUGCUUACAUAUCUUCAUGUUUACACAACCAUGGCCUUCGUUUCAAUAACGUCAGGACUUCUUGCGUUUACAUCAGAUAAGCCACAAAGGUGCAGAGGUCAGGGCAUACUCAUGAUGUCAACAGGUAUAAUUAUUUAUAAAAAUACAGAAGUGGGGAGCGUAUAUCUCCAUGCACCAGAGCUGUUCUGCAAUUCUUUUUUUUUUCUGAGGGACCCCUUAAUUUGUCUCAGUCAACAUCCAUGAACAUUAAAAUCAUUCUUUACCAUUUUUCUUUAUAGAAGUAUAUCACUGUGCUCAAAACAAAGAACUAUAAAAUGCAUUUAUUUUAUAGCUCUUUGCUCAAAAUUAGGAAAUGUAAGUUGUGUCAAAUUUCUUCUUAUCAAUGAAACUUGCAUAUAGCUGUUUCAUGUGUACUUAGGCAAAUUACUCAAUACAGAAUGCAUGUCUUUAUCGCGCUUGCUUGUUUUGAAUUUUUGAAUAACAUAAAGACUUUUAGAGAAAAAACGCUGUCUGUGGGUGGCCAGAAUGCCAAACACGUCCCUGCUAUAUAAGUUAUGUUUAUCACUAUCGGGCCUAGAAUUUAACAAUUGCUAUUACAUGUUUUCAAUAACAUUAUACCUGUACAUGUAUAUACAAAAUUGCGGUAGUAAAUUAUACAAGUGUGUAAAAUAAAGACACUUUGUAUUUAUUUAAAUGUUUAAAAUACAUCUAGUCCUGGUAAAUGGUGAAACAUUAUAAUCUUUUAAUUUAUUAUUAUUAUUAUACCAGAUUUAUAUAGCGCCCUUUUCAUGAUCAAUUUCACGUUCAAAGGCGCUUUACAUAGUUCAAAUGCAGCCACACAGGGCGCAUAAUUCAUCCUCUACUAGAACAUACACAGAGCGAUCUGACCAGAGGGGCAGAGUGAGACAAAGCCCCCACGACAGAGAGAUCAGAAAUCAGAUACAGGCAUGUCCGGCUAACUUAGCCUAGCUCGUUGCAAAUAGACAGCCUAGUUCUUUAACGUGCCCAGUGUAUAGCACUGAUACACGUAAAGAUUGCCUGGGUUCCCGACCAGUACACCUCUAGUUCGGUGGGAAACACUGAAAAGCGUUUCUGAAAAUUCCCGAGUAGCUGCCAGGGAUCGAACCCCCAACCUCAGGAUUGGAAGGCCAGUGUGCAAACCACUGAGCUAUCCGUCCACCAAUUUAAGAUAAGUUUGUAACACACAUAGACGUAUUUCAAACACACUGGGCAGAAAAUCCCUGAUCUCUGAAAUUUGAUUCUAUGAUGAUAUAUAAUUAUGUAACUAUCUUAAUUAUGACUGUAGAGAAUUGAAUGAAUAUACGACGAAAAUAUAGCAACAAUUGUACAGAUAUGUAUACAUUUGCUGCUUUUUCGCUAUUAAAUAUUGAACAUUCAA